AUGGUUGUCCUUCGUUACUCGGGCCUCUUGGCCCUCCUUGCCAGCACGGCCUUUGCCAAGAGCAUCAAGGAUAUCACCACCCUCAAGCCCAUCGCUAAGCAUGAGAGCUUGAGGGCGCGAGCCGAUGACGCCUCGGUGGCCCCGAGCACGUCCAUCAAGCUCGACUAUGGUCUGGACGCCCAACCCAUGGUGCACGUCGACCUGGAGAUGCAGACCCCGACCGUUGUGCUGGAGAGCGUUGAUUCGGUGAACAACGUCACCUGUGCCGACGGCGCUCUCAAGGUUACCUUCAAGAACACCGAGGGUUUCUCGGCGGCCCUGGCCACUUGGUCAAACAAGGGCGACCUGGUCUUCUUCACGAACCACCUGGGCGGCUGCGACACUGAGGCUGAGCGUGGUGUCUUUUUGGUCAACCAGUUCAGCGGCGAUGCUGAGACCCUGACUGUGACUGCCCACUCCCAGAAGAAGGAUGUCGCCAGCACGGCGGCCCAAACCGUCAUUGAAUUCCAGGGAGUUCCCGUCGCCAAGAAGCGCCGUUCCGUUGCCAAGCGCGAGAAGCUCGACCCUCGUGGUGUCACCAUCGACGAGAAGGGUCUGACCAUCGGCGGCACUGUCGGCAUCCCCCAGGGUACCUCCAUCUACUCGUUCCCCCCUUACCUCGAGGUUUCGGCAGACACCGCGCAGAUCACUGCCUCUGUCACCUUCUCGGGCAAGGUUGACUACAACGUCCUCGGCGGCAAGCUCAACGAGCUGUACGUCGACAUCGACUCCAACAUCGACGCCGAGGUCGGCAUCACGCUGGCCGCAACGGCCGAGUACCGCGACAGCUUCACCUACAGCCCCACCAAGCUGUCGUACAUGAUUGUCGACGUCCCCGGCAUCAUCACCCUCGGCCCUGAGCUCCUGUUCGCCGUCGGUCUCGACGUCGACGUCGGCGCGGGCGUGACGGUCAAGGGCAGCGCCGGGGCCGGCCUCAAGAACGGCCGCAUCCACCUCGACUUCCUCGACAUGAGCAAGACCACCGCCCAGCCCUGGGAGCCGGUGCACAACGCCCAGCUGGACCUCUCGCAGAAGGCCCUGGCCAAGGCCGACACCUGGGUCGACGUGACCUUCCAGCUGGUCGUCGAGGUCCUGGCCGGAGUCGUGGACCUCAACGCCGGCCUGACCGCCCGCCCGCGCUUCAACAACGAGUUCUCCUUUGCCGCCUCGCAGACCGUCAACGAGACGGGCGGCGUCACCCAGCCCACCGACGGCACGGUGUGCGCCCAGGGUCUGAGCAUCAAGAGCGACUUCUCCUUCAGCCUGUUUGCCUUUGUCAGCAGCCUCUGGUCGCGUACGCUCUACAGCGUCCAGGUUCCCAUCGCCGACAAGUGCUACACUUGGAUCGAGAACUAG